AAUUAACAUAGGGUUAUGUAAUUUUAAUUUAAUGUGAUCAUAGAUAUGAAUUUUCCUUUAUGUCUUGUAGGCUGAAACAUUUAUCAUCUAUUCGUUAGGUGCCUCUUGUUAAUAUCAAUGGCUACAAACGCGAAACAAACCAUGCCAAUUAGAUCUAAUUCGGUGGAGAUUGUAAAUCUUCAAGAUACUUUGACACCCUUUGGUGUACGUCUUGCUGGGAUUUAUAUGCGGAGUUUUGCUUAUGUUACGCUUAAGGAUAGAUUGCCGAUAAUAUUAACGAAAAUUGUAGACAACCUUAGUCGUAAUAAAGAACAAAUCGCACAAAAAUUUGGACAGAAUGCUACGGAAGAAAUAAAACAAAUGGUUGGAUUUAUAAGUCAAUUGAAGAACGAGAUUGUUACUAAUAAGGCUUUGACAAUAUUACCAAUAAUAGAAAAUGACAGCGACAAUGAUGCGGCUGUUUGGAAUAAGUACUUGGAGGAUAAAACUGAAAAAGAAGGUGCCACUCCAACCUGGUUUAAUACAGAAUGGUUGUAUUGUGAAUGCUAUAUGUAUCGUAGACUGGCACAAAAAUUUCUUCUUAUGAGUGCUUUACAUACGUAUGACCCAUUUCAACAACAAAAAAGGGAUUCUUUUAUUAAUUCCUUGUGUAACAUAGAAAUUCUUAACAAAUAUUUGUUGGAUAUGAUUGACAGGGCAAAAUUAAUGCAAAUUGAAAAGAAAGACCUACUUUUUAAAUUAAUCGAAUUGAAUCUUUGGGGAAACAAGUGUGAUUUAUCUCUAAGUGCAGGAGCUGAUAAUAAUCAAACUGGUAAUCCUAUAGAACAAUUAGCAAUUUUUCAUGAUGAUAUACUUGAUAAUGCCAGUGAUUUUGUUUGGCAAGUUCUUAGUAAACAAAAACCAAAUGAUUCUGAUAUCGUAGACUUGAUAUUGGAUAAUGCAGGAUAUGAACUUUUCACUGAUAUAUGUUUUGCAAUUUUUCUAAUUAAUUUUGGCUUGGCUGGAAAAGUUCGAUUUUAUGUAAAACGUUAUCCAUACUUUGUGAGCGAUGCUGUUGUUAAAGAUUUUCAUUGGAUAUUGGAUUAUAUGAAAAAAUCCUCAAGUCCAGAAUUAAAAAGAACAGCACAGCUAUCUUAUGAUUACUUAGAAAACAAAACUUGGACUAUUGAGGAAGAAUCUUAUUGGACAUGUCCGUACGAUUUGGCAGAUAUGAAGGAAAAGGAUAAAAUACUAUAUGCAAAAUUAUCAGAUGCAAAAUUAAUAAUAUUUAAAGGUGAUUUAAAUUAUAGAAAAUUAUUGGCUGAUAUAAAUUGGGAAUACACUACUUCAUUUAUAGAAGCAUUGAGAGGCUUUCGGCCAACAAAUAUUUUGAGUUUGAGAACAAUAAAGUCUGAUGUUUGUGUUGGAUUACCACCUGGAAAAGGUGAAAUGUUGUACGAAAAAGAUAAAAAUUGGAUGGUUACUGGUAAAUAUGGUCUUAUUCAAGCAACAGUUGAAAGUGCUUGUAACUGUUCCAUCAUAUGUUAAUAAGCGAAAUUAAACUAGAAAUAAUACUAUUAUUGAAAUCUAAAAAAAGAGAUUAAAAUCUAAAAAUCUUAAUGAAAUAUAUAUAUAUAUAUCAUUAAGUCAUAUAAAUGCAACAACUCGUUAUAUGUCUAGUUGCAUUUAAAUCUGCAGAUUAAUGUAUGUGAAUGUUUCGAGUAAAAAUUGAUGUCAUGUACCAUUUGUUAAAUCUACUAAAUUUUUCUUUUUUAUUUCUUACUCUAUUUUAUUUAUAACAUAAUAGAGAAAUAUUAUUAUAUAAAUUUCCAUUUUAAAUAUAAUGUAAAUCGAAAUGAAACAAAUAAUGCAUAGACUGAUGCAAUGAGAAUACAUUAUUGUGAUAAUAUCAUUCAUUUAUACUGUAGCUUGUAUAAAUUUCUAUGUACAUAAUAUAUAUUUCCUACAUACAUAAGAAAGAAUUAAUACCUUUUACAAUUACAUAUUCAUACUAUAUGAAUCAGUCUUAUAAAAAUGAAUAUUUCAAUUUGUUAUAUAUCAUAUAGAAACGAUAGCGAAAAUGUAUAGAUCAU